AUGUUGAGACUCUGUUUGGCCAUGGUCAUCUUGGACUCCAUAGUCAUGGCGCAAGACAACCCGCCCCCCUGUGACGUAGACAGCUGUGUGGACAAGUUCUCUCUGACUGGAGAUAUGCAGAAGUUUUGUAUCGGCGUCCGAAGCGCCCUGGAGUGUGUUGAUGAGAUCAAGUACAGCCACAAAUGUUCCAACCACGACAAGUGGCGGGUGAUCGAUGUCCACUACCGGCUAGAGCGGAUGUCCCUCUGUGUCUGCUCACUGGGUUGGAGACCCGUGUUCUCACUGCAGCUGUCGGUGGUGCUAGUUGGUCUGGCCUACUUUCUGACCACUCUCAAGUAA